UCUGUUGAAUCAUCUCCUUCUACUGUUUUUCCCUCUCUAAAUUAAAUGUUUUAAUUUAAUUUAUAUAAUUUUUAGCAGUAAUUUGAAGUGAAACAGGGGGAAGGGAUGUUCUAUUCACAAACGUUUCUGGGGAGAAAAGGGCCGCUGGCAACGGUGUGGUGUGCGGCGCACGUGCAGCACCGCCUCAAGAAGUCUCACUACACCUCCACCGAUAUUAGCUCCACCGUCGAUAAAAUCAUGUACCCAGAAGUCCCUAUUGCACUGAGAAUGUCUGGCCACCUUCUUUUCGGCGUUGUUCGCAUAUAUUCGAAGAAAGUUGAUUACCUUUACCACGACUGCAAUGUAAUUUUGAGUGGGUUAAGAAAGGCCUUCUCUUCCACAGAUGUUAAUUUGCCAGAGGAUGCAAGGCAGGCACCUAUUCAGUCCAUCACCUUGCCAGAUACCUUUAAUCUCGAUUCUGUGAAUUUGGAUAAUGACAUACUUCCUGAGGGGUAUCAGGACAGUCAUCUUGGGAGUCAGGAGGACAUCACUCUUAUGGAUCAAAUUCCUGCCGGAGUAAAUCCAUAUAUUGUUAUUUCUUUCGACGAGGAUAUGAUGAUGGAUAUAUCAUUUCCGGAAGAGGGUCACACAAACAUUGGAACAAUGGGCGAGCCCACUUUUUCUCCGAUGAAUGAUAGUAUGGGCUUUCAAGAUCUAGAUCCAAGGAAUAUUACUAAAGAACAUGGUGCUACUCAUGAUUUUCAAGACCUCGGUCAGACCAAUGUUCUUAAUGCGGGGGUUACUGGUGAUGGUUCCCCUCAAAAUUUUCCUGAUAUCGAAGUCCUGCGUGAUACUGUCCACGGUUUCAGUGGAGAAAGCCUUCCCCAAUUGAUGUAUGCAGACCAUGGAAAUGCGGUAGCCUUGGAAAACAGUUCUUCUGGUGAUAUAAGAAAUGAAAAUGAAACUCUCUCCCCAAUUAUGGAUGAUAUGCUACCUUCAAGAGGGCAGUCUUUACCAUCUCAGCAGCGUUCGGAACCAACUACUUCUGGUGCCUUUCAGCAGGCUCCUGAGAUUUUUGAAGCUUAUGUUUCAGUUGGAAACAUGCCAGUUGAUUUGGCCAUUCAAUCAACACCACCUGCUCAACAGCCACAGCUGAGGCGGAGGAAAAGAAAGUUUUUCUUUGAUGAGUCCAUAGUGUUGUCAAAUAGGUUCUUGAAGAAGAUGCUUGAAGACUCUAGUGAUCUGCUACGGAAGAAGCGGAAAAGUCCUUGCUCUAAAUUGGAUAUAUGGAAGAAAAAUAAUAGAUUGAGAAAAGAACUAGUUUUUAAUGAGCCUUUGGUUACUGGGUUGUCCACAGAUAUAUGCAAAAUUUUCAGCAAGAAAUUUUUUUCUUCAAGGCCUCAUUUGUUGCUUGAGGAGGAGACCAUCCCAGAGCCUGGUGUCCCAAACUCUCCUGCUCUUGGAGCUGAAGCUACAACAGAGCCAAGGGUUGUGCCAUCUCCUGGGCUCGUUACUGAGGCUACCCGAGACCGAGAACCUAGUCCUUCCAUCCCAGAGAUUGAUAGGGAGAUUGAGCUUAUGCGAGAUUUUGAAGGCCACAUUGGUGGUGACAACCUAUUUCAUAAGGAUGAAUACGUGCCAUUUCCUUUCAGAAACAAUGACUCCAUUCCCAUCCCUUCAAAUAAUUUGGGAUUGGGAUCAGUGCCCCUGUCUGAAACUAUACCUGGGAGUGGAGUUUUUCCCUCACCAAGUGUUGCAACAUCCAAUGGAACUUAUGGCUCUGAGCUUGAAACACCAAGGACACUCUUAGUGGAGGGUCUGGGUAUGGACAACACUGGGCUUUUAGAUAUUCCAGAAACAAUGAAUUCUGCAGAAGCCGAUGAACUUUAUUUUCUGGAAGCUGACAACAAUCAACCACCAGGGUCACAAGGAACUCAAACGGGGCAUGAUUUGUUGCCGAGGACAAGGGCCGUGUUCCAAUACCUGGAAAGACAUUCACCUAGUAACCCAAUGUCAGAAGACACCCCUGGGGAUCUCAGUCUGAAUAAGAUCUUAGAAGGAAGAAGCAGAAAGUUGUGUGCUCGAAUGUUUUAUGAAACACUGGUCUUGAAAACCAAUCAAGUUGUAGAUGUACGGCAAGAAAUACCUUACGGUGACAUUACUUUGACAUUGAAAUCACCACCGAAGACUGAUGCAUGAGAUUGCUUAUACAAAAAGAUUUUUGCAGUUCUUGUAUAUACAGUUAUUUAUCUUGAAGGGGAUGCAGGAUGUGAAAGGCAAGGAACACUUGAUGUUUGUACCACCUAACAUAUCAUGAGAUUCUCAUCAAAAAAUUAGGGGCCUAUAUAUAAUAAUUAUAUGCUCAGUCAAUUUUUGAACUUCCAUUACAAAUAAUCUUUAGUUAUAACCUAGCCAGCGGCUUACCCUGGUCAUAUAUACUUGUGGUUUUGGUGGGUGUUGUGAUCUAUCAUCUAUGUGGGGUGGAGUUUUCCAGUCGCCAAAGCCAUGAUUGAACAUCAGAAGUCUCGGGAUGGAAAUUUUAUUUCCAAAUUUUCUAGAGCUGGGGGUUUUUUCUGUCCGCUUUCUCCGGUUGCCAACCAAAUACUAUUAUACUAUACAGAUGAUGAUAUUAACGUCUAGUCACAAAUCUUUUUGACCUAUGUGACAUGGGCAUAUACAACUCGGAGAAAGGGAGUUUUGGGUCACAUUUUGAUAUGAAUCUCCCUUGGAAGCAUAUGCUACCUGCACUUUGGAUCAUUCCAGGAAAAACUGGCUUUUAAUGGAAAACAUAUCCCUCAUCACACAAGCGCAAUUGUGAAAAACACAACAUAAACAAAAAGAUUCUAACUUUUCUAUGAUACUAGCAUAGAAAUGCAAUUUUAUUUACUAGCCUUGAGAUGGCGCAUAAUGAUCACGCAGAGAUGUAAGUAUCAUAGUCAUAUGUUAAAGUUAUGUUACUUCUGCAAACAUUGCACUCUAAAACUUAUUAGCUCGAAAUGAGGGCAUCGAUUUUCCUUUCAAGGUGUGCUUCAUGGUCUUCAAGACGAGCUUUGACUGCAC